UUCAGCUUAUUUUAUUUUUCCCUGAUGAUUAUUCAUAUUCAAGUAAUUUAAUAUUUAGUACCAUCUGGUAUUAUAAACAGAAAGUUGGCAAGCUUAUAUUACCGUGAGUGGUAAGCAUCUCUAAGUUUGUGUCUACAAAAUGAGCCAAUAGUUAGCCAAUUGUUAGAGAGAUCUUCCAUUGUUGACUAUUCGAUGUGAAAAUCGUCAGUCAACUGAAAAAAAUAAUUGAUCCUGAGUUCGUUAAAUUUAUAUGUGAAUAUUGUGGCAAGCUUGAGCAUUUGGAAAAGAAAUUUAUUCUAUGAUUAUUAUAGUUGUGCUAUUAAAAGAGUUUUAUUAAUCGCAGAUCGAUAUAUUUUCCACAGGUUGGAAUAUUUCAUCUUUCAAUUCAAGUGAACAUAUUCUAGUCUGAACAAGUCUACAGUUUUUCUCAAGGUUACUAACUACUAUAGUGAAGGUUGUACAUAUACUCAUCAUCGGGUAAUAGAUGCUGUCUACGAGAUUCGCCAACAAUCUUCAAAUCCAAUGGAUGCAAUAAACUCAGAUGAUAAUUCUACUAAACCCAACUCUAAUAUACCAUCACUGCAAAAUUCCGACAAAUCAAUGCCACAAAUUAUUAAACGUUUACCGAAAGAGGUAGUCAAUCGUAUUGCUGCUGGUGAAGUCAUACAACGUCCUGUGAAUGCAAUUAAAGAACUUCUAGAGAAUAGUAUAGAUGCUGGUAGUACAAUGAUAAAAAUUACAGUUAAAGAUGGUGGUUUAAAACUUAUCCAAGUUCAAGACAAUGGCUGUGGUAUACAUCAAGCAGAUUUACCAAUUCUAUGUGAACGCUUUACUACGAGCAAAUUAAAAGAAUUUUCAGAUUUAAGUAAAAUUUCUACAUUUGGUUUUCGUGGUGAAGCUCUCUCUAGUCUUAGUCAUGUUGCUUUGGUGACUGUGACAACACGUACAGCAAAUCAAAGCUGUGCUUAUAAAGUUAAAUAUCAUGCUGGAGUUGCUGUUACGAAACCGGUACCUUGUGCCGGUAAUCCAGGAACUACUAUUGUUGCAGAGAAUUUAUUUUACAAUGUACCUAUUAGAAAAUCUGCUUUAAAAAAUGGAAGAGAAGAAUUAUCUAAGGUGAUAGAUGUAGUUGCUCAAUAUGCUAUUCAUUAUGCUCAACAAUGUGGAUUUCAUUUACAUUCUGAAAGUGCUACUGGAAAAAGCUCAAUUGAACAAGAUUUGCGUACAUCUGCUGGUUGGUCAAGAAUGGAUGCAGUACGUGCUGUGAUUGGUUUAUCUAUGGAACAGAAUUUAAUCUCUUUCACUAGUUCCCAAUGUUCAUCAUCAGAAUCGACACGUUUAGCUAUAGAACGUUAUGGUCUACGCUAUGAAGGUUUAUUGACUGCACCAAAUCAAGUUUCUUCAGGUGUAAAUCCAUCUUUAAAAUUUAAUCUAUUCAUUAAUAAUCGUCUAGUUAAUUGUACAUCAAUAAAACGUAUUGUUGAAUGUGCUUAUUCAUCAGUGAUUUCACGUACUCUAUCAUGGAAUUCAAUGGAUCAAGAACGACAAAGAGUAAUCAAUAAGAAAUCUACGCAUUCAAAUAUAAUGUUUAAAUCGUCAACAUGUCAUUCAUUAUAUGUUUAUUUAAAUAUUCAAUUACCUGCGCAUACUUUAGAUGUUAAUGUACAUCCAACUAAAGCUGAAGUGAAUUUUCUUCAUGAGGAUGAAAUAGUGAAUGGACUACAAGAUGCCAUUGAACAUGCCUUAUUAUCAUCGGCACAAAUUCGAACAUUCAUUAGGAAUUCUUUGCCAACAUCAAUUAAUUUUAAAAAUUCCAAAGAAUUAACUAUCCCAAAUGAUAAAUCAAUAGAUCACACUUCUAAAGAUUCGCAUACUACACCACAACUUGUUUAUAGACCACAUGAAAAAGUACGCAUUGAUAUACGUGAACAACAACUUGAACGUUUUCUAUCACCUCAGUCAAAUUACAUCAGUAAUAAUAAUAGUAAUACAGAGAAUAAUAAACAUAAAUUAUCACGUGAUAAUGGUAGUAAUAAUAAUAAUAAUAAUGAUUCAUUGAAAAAAUCCAUUGCGGAAAUGAGUCCAGAUAUUGAAGUGGAUUCGGAUGAAGCUGAUGAAAUAUUGAAAUCUAAUUUAUUACAAGAGAAUAAUUCUUUGAAUGAUUACAAUGAAUUGGAUAGAAGAAGCACAAUAGAAGUCACUGAUGACCAAUGCAACUUAAAUCAUAACAAACAAGAAAAGUAUUCAGAAGAAAAUGAAUUAACCACUCCAACUGAGAAAAGUUUACAAUCAUUCACUAGUAAUGAGAUGAAUGCUGAUAUCACUGCUAAUUUAACAUCUAAGCCAUUAAUAAAAUCCGAUACAAAUUUAUUAUCUUCACAAAAUACUACUACUAAUACCACGGAUGAAUUACUUAAAAAAUCUAAUACACUUUUAAAUUAUUCAACUAGUAAUAAUAAUAUGACAGAAUCAUCAAAACCUCGUCAUCGGACAGUCUAUUUAAUGAGUAUUCUUGCAUUAAAACAUACUUUAGAAAGUGAUAUAGAUCAAUCAAUCAAAACUACAUUACGUUCAUGUAAAUUUAUUGGUUUUAUUGAUGAAACAAGGUGUUUAGCUCAACAUCAUACAGAAUUAUUGCUGAUACGCUUAAAACCAUUAAGUCAAGCAUUAUUCUAUCAGUUAUUAUUAACAAAUUUUGGCAAUCAUGGAGAAAUAAUACUUCGUGAACCAGCUCCAUUAGCUGAUCUUUUAUCUAUAGGACAUGAAUAUCUACGACAAUCAUCACGUAAAUUAUCUCAUCUCAAUUCAUUGGAAUUUAUUCAAGAAGCUACUGCUACUCUUGUUAAGCAUGCAUCUAUGCUAUGGGAUUAUUUUUCAAUUAAAAUAACUAUCGAUUCCAAUGGAAAUCAAGUACUGACUGGAAUUCCAUUAAUUAUAGCUAAUUAUAUUCCUGAAUUAAGUCAACUUCCAAUUUAUAUAACAAAACUAGCUACACAAGUUAGUUGGUUAGUGGAAUCAGUUUGUUUUGAAAAUAUUUGCUGUAUUACAGCUGAUUUCUAUUCAGUAUCAUCAUCAUUAUUAUCAUCAUCAUCGAAUUUAUUCAAAAUGAAUUCUCCGUUGCCGAAAUCGCCUAAAUCACCCACUGUGGAUGAUGAAUCAGACAAAGAGAAUACUGUAUCAUCACAGUCCUCGUCAUCGUCAUCAUCAUCUCGUGAAUGGAUGAUUCAACAUAUACUAUGGCCUAUUUUAUGCACUUCUUUCUUACCUAGUCGAAAAUAUCCCAGCUUCAAUUUCGAUGAUUAUGAGAGCAACAAUAGGCCAUUGUGUUUACAGUCAUGUUUCAUUCGUCUUACUUCAUUAACAGAAUUAUAUAAAGUAUUUGAACGUUGUUAGAUUAUCAAAUUGGGUUGUUUGUUUGUUUGUUUGCUUGUUAUCCGUUUUCCAGGUUUUAUUUACUCUGUUGUUAUUUGAAGAGAUUCAAAUUAU